AUGUCGCAACCAUCUGAACAGCCUGUCCGGGGCAUAAUCCGGUCUCUCGUGGAACAUCACCAACACAGGAAUAAUAAUCAUCCUGAUAAACUGAAUGAAGCAAAGGAAAGUACACGCAGAGACGAUGGCGCUAAUAUGCUAAAUGGUAUCCCUGCGAAUAGAAAAUUGGUUGCAUCAUUUCCAGCGGAUAACGACGUAUUUUGUGCUGGGGAAGUGCUUUCUCGAGGAGACCAGUGUGCAAUGGAGGUCGGCAUCGUUGUAGACCAUAGUUCCGGUAAACUUAGGCCAUUCCUGGGCGCGGAUUGCCGGGUGCAUGCAUAUCCACCCGGAUCGUGCAGAGCUCAUGGGGGGGAUGGUGUUGAUAUUUACCCCCUGAUGGGAGGAGGGCGUGCUUUAUUCCAUGGCUUAUUUUUAAAGCCGGACAUCUAA